CACCACCACCACCACCAUCACCAACAACACCAGCAUCAACAACAACAACAACAACAGCAACAACAGCAACAGCAACAACACCACAAUAACAACAACAACAGCAGCAGCAGCAACAAUACUAACAACAACAACAACUUCGGUAAGACCAGUGCUGCUGUCGGUGCAGAUGGUUCGCAGACGAGUAGUGACAACGGUAACAAUAGCAGCGACGAAGGAUCUGAUAGCCGUGUGUCCAGUCCUACACAUCAUUCCUCCGAUGCUCCUCCCAUACACACAAUUGAUCAGUAUCUUGAUAAUAUUGAAGCCUUAAUCAAGACCAGCAGGCAUCUGCAACAUUUUGCUUUAGGUUGUGUUGAAGAGCUUUUAGAACACUCCAAUGUUUUUGUCAACUUACUGGCAGAACAUCAUGCAUCUACACUGGAGUCUCUGCAUCUUGCCAGUGUGAAAGAAGACUCUGAAAGUUAUGGUAUCAUAGAAUUGAAUGCUAUUGACUUUUGCCGUUUUAUGGGUCUCCGUAGUCUUAGCCUUGAUUAUGAUUACUUAACCAAUGACCUCCUGCUAACCUUUAUUGAUCCCAAGAAGUCUAAGCUUGAAAAUUUGGUUAUUAAUGUCCACGGUAUUGAUGCUGACCAUGAAGUGAUUACCAAUGAAACUUGGCGCCGGUUACGUAACCAUUCUUCAAACCUAGAAGUGACCUUAAACCUGAUUCACUCCUUUGAGGGUGUUGCUGGUCUCUUGAAUAUCUUGCAGCCUUCAAUGCCCUUAGCCAAAUUCCGGCAGAUGUUCUGUUCCAAUAUCAACAUUGCUUCAGUUAGUUAUAUAUCUUCACAUUACAAUAACACGCUGAAAGAAAUACAUAUAAUAGAUGGUUUUGCUAAUGGAGACCCUAUUGUUUAUGAGAUUGAAGCUGAUGAAGAUCCCUUUGUGAUGUUGGCAUGGCGUUGUCCAAAACUGAUGCAUUUCACAUUAAUAGGUUAUCAGGUAUGUGAUGAUGACAUGGUGGCUAUUGCUAGGUUACGUGGCCAACAAUUGAAAACUUUUGACAUUCCAUCUAGCUGUAUUUAUAGUCUUCAUGAGGAGGAUGAAGUCACAUGGAUGAAAUUUGGAUCAUAUGAUGGUGAAUUUUUUCAAAAGGUGUCUGAAAGCCUUGGCCAUGAUUGGCUACCUCUGAAAAACAGUCAGCUUCCUACAGCUGUUCUCGAUGCCCAAGCUGAUGCAGAACCUGCCUACAUGCACAUCCUGUUAGAAGACCAAGCCUGGAGGGGCAGGAAUAAGCGCUAAUCUAUUCCUGUGUUUUCAAGAGUCUUGAAGUACCCCAUUCCCUAAAUCUGGCCAGUAUGUUGGUUGCAUUGAGUAAACAGCUGCUACCUCUUCUUUUUCAAUCAAUUCCAGUGGCGGGGGUUUUGACAUCAUUGAAUGUUACGGACGGACGGACGUACAAACAA